AUGCCAGAAGAGGAAGUGAAACGGACUUUUGACGAUCCAAGUGAAAUUGAGAGGUCUACAAAGGGAGAUACAUCGACGAAAACGGAGGGAUGCGGAAGACACGCCGUUUUUGGCUUCUCCAUUUCACCAGACUCACAGAUGGAUGUGAAAAUGAAAAUCCACGGUUGUAGGGCUAUCUCUGCGCCAUUCAAGAAGAAUUGCUUGUGA